GCGUUACGUUUGACGUUUUUUUUUCUCUUGGUCCGGGUUUGUUGCGUUUCGAUUGUUUUGUUCAUGAGAACAUACAAAUUGAUCGUCAGGCAAAAACCGAAGUGGAAAGACAUCGAACAGAAUUACGAUCUGCUAUGACGGCCAAACGUGCAGCUCUGAUCACCGACUCCUACAAGGUGGUAAAGAGAUCCAGGAGAGAGGAGAAGAGGGCCCCAUCGCCUCCCCAGAAGGACACUGAGCCACUCCCCCUCACGGCCAGAGAGAUAGAGCUGCAGGAGCUGAGGCAGUUUGACCAGGACUGGCGGUAUGGACCCUGCACAGGUAUCAGUCGCUUGCAGCGGUGGGAGAGAGCUGCACAGCAUGGGUUAAACCCCCCUCAGGAGAUCAGAGAUAUGCUACUUUGCGCAGACACAGACCCGGACUACACACACUGCCUGUGGAGUGACUAUCCAUUGUGAGACAUAAAAAGUGGAGAGACAGAGAAGAUAGAAGUGCAAUGUCCAAAGUUCACGUGGUUUUGCUUUUGUUCAGUUCGGGUUUGACUGCUAACCAUCACACUACACUUAAAAAAUAAAUAAAUAACAUUUUCUACCCAAA